AUGUCAAGCGUCGUUGUCCCUUCCUCCUCAGGCCGCUUUGCGCGCCGCCUGAGUGCCGCCGAGGCUAACAAUGAGACUCUUUCUCGUGGACCCACCGUUGUGGUCCCUCCAAAGCACCUCAUGGCCCCAUCGCAAGCUUUGGAAGUUGCCACCGCCAUGGAGCAGGCCCGACAUGAGAUUGAUUCCCCAACGACGCCUACAACGCCCGGGACGCCGCCUGCAACAACUGUCACAGACAAGUAUGCCUUCGCGUUCGACAUUGAUGGCGUUCUCAUCCGCGGGGGUCGCCCAAUCCCAGAGGCGAUCGAGGCCAUGAAGAUGCUGAACGGUGAGAACGAAUAUGGCAUCAAAGUACCGUAUAUCUUUGUUACCAAUGGUGGAGGCAAGACUGAGUCCGAGCGCUGCAUACAGCUCAGCCAACAACUCGAGAUUGAAGUCUCGCCCGGACAGUUCAUCUGUGGUCAUACUCCCAUGCGGGAGAUGGCUGAGAGAUACAACACCGUCCUUGUCGUUGGCGGCGAAGGCGAGAAGUGCAGGAUCGUAGCCGAGGGCUACGGCUUCAAGGACGUUGUGACCCCUGGCGAUAUCAUCAAAUACAACCAAGACACCACUCCCUUCCGCAAACUCACGCCAGAGGAGUGGAAGAACUCGCGCGACCGCAACUUCGAUGAAAUAAACAUUGAAGCCAUCUUCGUCUUUGCCGACAGCAGAGAUUGGGCAUCGGAUCAGCAAAUCAUCCUCGACCUGUUGAUGUCCAAAAACGGCCGCUUAGGCACCCGUUCCGAAACCUUCGACGAGGGUCCUCCUGUCUUCUUCUCACACAACGAUGUCGUAUGGAGCACCUCCCACGACCUCACACGCAUCGGCAUGGGCGCUCUUCGCGUCUCUCUGGAAGCCAUGUUCAAGGCCGUCACCGGCAAAGAGCUGAAAACAACUGCCUUUGGCAAGCCACAGAUCGGCACCUUCGAAUUCGCUACUCGCCUCCUUCAGCAGUGGCGCAAGGAUACGCAUCGCAUCGAUGCUCCGCCCGAGACUGUCUACUUCGUCGGCGACACACCCGAGUCCGACAUCCGCGGGACCAACGAGUUCGACAGGCACGCAGACAACACGUGGUAUUCCAUCCUCGUCCGCACGGGGGUCUUCCAGGAGGGAAGCAAGCCUCGUUUUCAGCCUCGCGCCACCGUCGAUACUGUCCUCGAUGCUGUCAAGCACGGUAUGGAACGCGAGUACAGGAAGGCGCUGAAGGCUAGCAGGACGAACACCAGUGCCGCGCUGAAGAAUGAAGGAUAA